AUGGAUGCAGAAUCAUUAGAACACAUAGUACCAGAUGGCGGAUAUGGAUGGGUAAUAGUGCUUGUUGCAUUUAUGUCAAUAGGUAUAAGUUCUAUUUUCUCAUUAGAUCCAUUUUUCACCUAUCUAAUAGAUAGGUUUAGUCAUAAACCUUUGAUGAUCACAAUACUUUUUGCAAUUUCCAAUAUAAUAGCAAGCUUUGCCGUAGCUCGCCGAGGAUUAGCAAACGGCAUUGCUAUAGCUGGUGGUGUUGGACCUUUGAUUUAUUCACCAAUAUUAUCCAAAUUAUUAUCUAGCAUUGGUCAUCAAUGGACAAUAAGUGUUUUUGGUUUAUGGGGAACUAUAUUAUUGAAUAAAAAUUGUGUUGGAACACCUUCAUUAUGGUUCGUUAAGCGCCGAGGAUUAGCAAACGGCAUUGCUAUAGCUGGUGGUGUUGGACCUUUGAUUUAUUCACCAAUAUUAUCCAAAUUAUUAUCUAGCAUUGGUCAUCAAUGGACAAUAAGUGUUUUUGGUUUAUGGGGAACUAUAUUAUUGAAUAAAAAUAAUGAUUUGUCGUCGUUGUCAAAGAAACAACAGAUUUUAGAUUUAAGCAUAUUUAAAAUUCCUGAAUUUGUUGGAUUAUCUUUGGUUUCUUUAUUUAUGUCUUUUGGAUUUUUUGUACCAUAUUACUUAAUACCAUUACUAUUAAUAUGGACAUUUUCAACAACUUUAGUACCUUUAUUAAUUUUUGCUAUGAUUUAUGGAAUGAAUGCUGGUGGUUUCGUUUCAUUGCUUUCGGUGGUUGCCACGGACAUAGUAGGCUAUGACCAGAUAACAAAUAGUAUAGGAUAUUUAUAUGCUAUUGAUAUAAUUGGCACAACUUUUGGUACACCAAUUGCAGGUGCUUUGUUGGAUUUAAGUAAAUCCAAAGCAACAAAUCAAGAGGGAGUCGAAAUUUAUUUUUUACCAAUAAUAAUUUCUUGGGCUAAACUUUCAUCAUCACCCUCAUUAAUUGAAACCGCUUGUUGCAUAGUCAUUCUUAUUCUUACAUUGCUAGAUCUUGCUUGA